UCGGAAGUUCACUAUCUAAAUGUCUCCAUGUCUGGGUUUCGUCGGUUCGGUGCGUUGACCCGAGAUCAAACCAGAUUUUGGUCGUAACUUAACCAAACAAAAUCCGAUUCCAUAUUUUAACCCGACCCACUAAUGCUUUUAAACCCCAAACUUGAAAUCCGCAAAAUUCAAGAACCCUAAAUUCUAAAAUUUUGUAACCCAGAAAUCGAGUUGCUGCAAGAUGAGCAAUGUGUCCGUGAGUUCGUCGGGAUCUACAGGUCCUCGUGGAAGAGGCAGAAUUGUCGGGGUGCCAAAGAGAUGUUGGUGCGGAGAAGAGAUUGUGGCUCUAAUUUCAAAAUCCGAUUCGAAUCCUUGCCGGAGAUACUAUCGUUGUGGUUUUGCUGCUAAACAUAGGCUAAAGAAUGAUGAACACACGUUCAAAUGGGUUGAUGAAGCUUUGCUCAAUGAGAUAGAUACAUUGAAAGAAAAGAAUGGUGAACUUGAGCAGGAGCUUAAAAAGGUUAAGACAGAGAGUUUGGAGAUUGAGAAGAUCGUUUGCGAGAAGGUCCAAAUGAAGAUAGAGAAGGAGAUAUUUGAGAAAGUGGAAGAUGCUUUAUCUGAAGCCAAAGGAAGCACUAAGAAGAUGAUGAUUGUCUUAGUGAUAGGAUGUAUAAUCAUGAUUGGAUUCAACAAAUUAGUCGGAUGAACCAUGGGAUCCCAUGAACCAUUGAUCACAUCAUUGUAGUUGUUGUAUUUUGAAUGUUGUGAUUAAGCUAAUGGAGUUUGUAGUUUGGAUUUAUGAUUAAGCUAAUGGAGUUU